CAACCCACUCUGCCUCAGAAGCGCUCUUUGCCGCGCGCGUACCGCACUGUACUCCUCUGUGCUCAAUCCACGCUGUUUCGCCUCCAAAUCCGCUUUCACGCACUUUUUGUGUGUGUGGAUUCCAAUACGAUGUGGAAUUAAGUCUUUGGAAUUUAGGAGGGGAGGAUUGGGAGAACAUGAUCGACCUGCGGUCGGUCCACUGACUGCACGUUUCUGUUUCAGGGUUGAGCUCGGCUCUCGGCAGGGUGGAGGUGUUUGCACCGCGGCCUUCCGGCUGUGACGCAGAUAAGAGGACACCCUUAAUUGGACCAUGGAUAUCGGCAACGACGUGGAUCUGUCUAACAACAACAUCAUGCCCCUGUGGAAGCGUCGUACGGACAACCACAGAAGCCCGCCGGACUCGAGGAAGCCGCGGCCGCGUAGCUACCACACCAACGGAGUCACGACGGCGGACUUCCCAGAUGAGGACAAGUGCGCUUUCACUUUGAGCCAGCCGGCUGAGAAACUGGUGGUUACGUCUCAGGUUGUAGGCAAGAACACGGCGGUGUUGAAGCAUGUUUUACACAAACCUUCCAAAAAGUCCAGAGUCGUACGGAGUAUAAGUAUCGGACAUUUCUCCAACGGACGCUUCUCUUUGUCAAAGUUCAAGUCCGAUGGCAGUAGAUCGGCCUCGUUGGACAACAAAGUGAGUAACGAAGAGUACAACAGAGUCAAUCAUAGCAAUGGACGGACAGUCUGGCCCGACAAGUGUGUCCGCUCUCCUCAAGCACUAAUUUCCAGUGUGUUCAGCCUGAACUUGCCUAAGGAGAAGACCCCGUCAUAUCACGACUUAGCCUCACCUGAAACGGUUCAACACACCCCCAACAACAACCACCUUGAACUGUCCUUUUCAUCUCCGUCAAGCCCGUAUCCUCCAGCGAGACGGACUCCUUCUCACAGCUCUACCUCCAGUAUCCCCUCCCUGUCGUCCCUCACCUCCUCGGACCCCCCGACACCGCGCUCCUCCUCGCCUACCGACAGCCGGCAGCCCCUCCUCGGACAGUCGUCUCCCUCGCCUGCCGUCUCCCAAGAUGCCAGGCGUGCUUCCUCUUCAUCCCCCUCCCCUUCCCUUUCCCCGUGUAUCUCACCCGCUCCCUCUAUCGUACUCAGCACCCACAGUCCCGCCGCCCUGAAGAUGGGCACCCAGCAGCUCAUCCCUAAGGGCUUAGCCUCGGGUAGUCGACAGAACAAGACCCCCGCAUCCGGGCCACAAGGCCAAGGGUUGGCAGGGCUUCUGGGGUUGGACGUUCCCAAGCGGACUUUAAAAACACUCAGCAUGGUGGAGAGUGGGGCCUAUUUCUCCACGGGAGUCGGGCACGGCGAAGGGACGGAUGGAGAAAACGAAAGCCCGGGGACACUCAAGAGAGGGUUAAGAAGUACCUCCUACCGGAGGGCUGUUGUCACCGGAGUCGAUCUGGAGGCCCAGGCGCUUUCCCAAGCGGCCAUGAAGGGAUUAGAUAGCGAUAAUAAAACUCCUCCAGCCAACCCGGGCCUUGCUUGUAUUAUAAAGCCCACCAGCCCGGGGGCAACCAAGCCUGACAGCCCUACAGCUCCUACUGGCACAAAAAAGAGCAAGAUUCCCGACAAGAAAAACAGUCUGACCCCUCAACGCACCUUUGACAGCGAAGAAGAGGAACUGUACCAGAACUAUCAGGAAAAGGCCUUACAUAACGAUUCGGAUGAAGAUGCCGAUUCGGUGGACGCACCGGUUGAUAACGGAAUCGUGUUGCAAUACAGACCGAUCCGGACGUCCUGGAGCCAGCUGACUGUGGUCAAGAAAAGCGGUCUGUCUGAUCGGAUGAAUCAGGAAGAAUGCAAAAGACAAGAGGCUAUCUUCGAGGUGAUUUCCUCGGAGCACUCGUACCUCCACAGUUUGGAGAUCCUCAUCCGCAUGUUCAAGAACUCGCCGGAACUCAGCGAGGCCAUGACCAAGACGGAACACCACCACCUCUUUUCAAAUAUCACCGACGUCUACGAAGCUAGCAAAAAGUUCUUCAAACAGUUGGAAGAGAAACACCAGCAGAACGUUGUGAUCGACAGCAUCAGCGACAUCGUUUGCAAGCACGCCGAAUCCAACUUUGAUCCUUACGUGACGUACUGCUCCAACGAGGUCUACCAGCAGAGAACCCUUCAGAGGCUCUUAUCCAAGAAUCCAGUUUUUAAGGAGGUACUGAGCAAGAUUGAGGCCCACCCUGACUGCAGGAACCUCCCUAUGAUCUCCUUCCUCAUCCUGCCCAUGCAGAGGGUCACGCGCUUACCCUUGCUCAUGGACACUAUUUGUCAGAAGACUCCGAAAGAUUCCGCGCAGUAUGAAGAAUGUAAGAAGUCGUUACAUGCCGUCAGCAAGGUGGUAAGAAAAUGCAACGAAGGUGCCCGCACCAUGGAGAGAACCGAGAUGAUGUACACCAUUAACUCCCAGUUGGACUUUAAAAUCAAGCCUUUCCCACUGGUUUCAUCAUCUCGGUGGAUGGUGAAGCGAGGCGAGCUGAGAGCCUUCGUGGAGGACAACGGUCUAUUCCUCAAGAGGACGUCGCGGCAACAAGUGUACUUCUUCCUCUUCAACGAUGUUCUCAUCGUCACCCGUAAGAAGAGCGAGGAGAGCUACUCUGUAAUCGACUACGCCCUGAGGGACGAGAUCUGGGUUGGCUCGUGCCAGCCCGAGGAGGUCAACCUAUCGCCGGCUCGCGGCACCGCCGGCAUGUUGAGCUCACGGCAAGGCGGCGCCAACCACCUCUUCCGACUGCGUUUCCAGAGCAACCACUCCGGCGAAAAGGUGCCCAUGAUCUUGGGGACGGACCGACUGAACGAACGCGCUAGGUGGAUCAGCGCCCUGGGCCACAAUGUCAAGAAAGACAAGAAUCAAGAUAGGACAAAUGCCAUGCAGGUGGAGGUGACCAGAACCUACACGGCCAAGCAGCCGGAUGAGUUGUCGUUGCAGGUGGCUGACGUGGUGCUUGUCUCACAGCUGGUUGAAGAUGGCUGGUACGAAGGCGAGCGUCUACGUGACGGCGAGCGCGGCUGGUUCCUGGCAGAGUGCGCCGAGCCCAUCACGUGUCAGGCCACCAUCGAGCGCAACAUGCAGAGGAUGGACCGCCUGCAGGGCCUGGAAACCAACGUGUGACGUUCAGGGGACCGUAAAAGGGACGUUUGACUGAGCCAGUCCUCACGUUAGUCCUCGGUGACCAUGAAUAACAGGGAUGACAUAAGAUGGCCGACAUCUUAUGAAUAACUCAUAGGUCCUUGAGAAGGUGGCAUCAACCUGGUGCUGUCAAGGUGUCCUUAAAAAACAGACAGAACUUAUCAGGACAAAAGUAUUGAGACCCAAGACCAUUGCACCAACAGGAGACUUGAAUGAUGAAGAACCCUGUGAAAUAACCCAAAAUCCAGGACAACUCCUCCCUGUUCAGGUUUAGAAUAGUCAAUAGAUGGCAGCAAAGCACUACUUUUGUGUAAAAAAAAAAAAAAACUCCUCUCCUCAGCAUCAAAAAGCCACAAGAUGGCAGCAAAACACUACUUUUGUCUUAAUGAGUUUGGCACUGAGAUUCCACAAGAUGGCAGCAAAAGACUACUUUUGUCUAAAAAAGCUCAUCAACUUCAUACAUCCUUGGCACCAAAACAUUUUCAACUAAUAAAAAAAAUUGUGAAGGCUGAAGAGAAGUGUGUUCCAUUACUUUUGUCCGUAUAGGCCAUUUGGUGGGGAGGCAAUGUUGCGGAUUGCUAUUUUGCGCAUCAGGUGGAAAAUGCCAUUUAUUAAAAGCUGAAGGUACUUUUUUUUUUUUUUUUUUUUUUUUUUUUUUUUUUUUUUAAUCGAGAGACAAAAUACACACACACACACUUGGUGACGCACGAGUUUGCUCUCUUGCAGCUUAAGGUGCCAACAAGACCAUCUGCCACAGCUGUGGGGGUGUGGCAAUGGAAAAAGUCCUUUUGCAUCCACACACCCAAGAUUUCAUCUUGUAACCAUGAAUUGCAGUAACUUGUAAAUCAACUGUGUACCAGUUGUAAAUAUGUAAAAAAACAAACAAUUUUUUUUAAAUGUUUUUCAAAUACAAUCGAAACUUUGUCCUUCAUCAAAAUUUCGUAAACACUCUGCCAUGCUAUUAAAUGAGAAACUGUGCCUAAACUUUUGACUUCUACUGUAAAUGCUGUAAAAGAAAUUUUUGAUACAGCUCCUUGUCCGGGGUGUUUUCGAUUGUACAGCUGUACCUAAUGAAGUGUCCGCUGAUUGUAUGUAUGGCACAUCAAGUCAUAAAUAAUAAAAGCUUAAUUGUUGACCUA